AACUGUCAGCAGCAGAAGAAGCCUCCUCCAUCAGAAAGCCAAAGGAAAAAUGCGAGCCUUCUCUAUGUCGCCCACUUGCCUUGACCAGAGCUGUUCCAUAAAAUUCUUGGCAACACAAACUAAGAAGAGAAAUGUGUAUGAAGGAGACAACCUAUUUGGCGAAAAGAAGAAUAAAUACUCAUAUGAGGUGAAGUUGCUGAAGAAUUUAGCUCCACCUCUAAUGACCGCCCUUAUAGCUUUCUCUCCCAUUGUCAAUCCCCCAGUCUCAGUUGGACAAACAAUAGAAGUACAAAAGGGAGCUGCUUUGUUUAGUAAAGCUUGCAUUGGGUGUCAUUAUGCAGGUGGAAAUAUAAUCCAGCCUGGUGCUACACUCUUCUUGAAGGAUCUAGAAAGAAAUGGAGCUGACACGGAAGAGGAGAUCUAUCGCAUCACUUACUAUGGCAAAGGGAGAAUGCCAGGGUUUGGUCAGAAUUGCACACCGAGGGGUCAAUGCACGUUUGGUCCUCGAUUGCAAGAUGAUGAAAUUAAACUUUUAGCUGAGUUUGUGAAGUCUCAAGCCGAUCAAGGUUGGCCUAAAUUAGAAAAUAGUGGAGAUUGAAAAUAAUUCCUACAUCGUUAAGUCUAAUUCAAUAAAUAGAAGAAAUUAGCACAAUUGUAUAGGUAUGUGUAGACUUCACCCUCCCCAGACCCCACUAGUGGGAUCACACAAGGUAGGAGUACGGUCUGAUACACCUCACCAUUCCCAGACCCUACUAGUGGGAUCAUGCUUCUCAUUCCUUGUCUUUUCAUCUCCCCUUCCCAUUCGACGUUCCUGCUCACACAUCCCUACCACUAAAGGGGAUGCAGAUAGUCAGUCAUCUCAAGCAGACCAAUCCCAAAGUUUCUGUUGGAGUCUAAACCAUGCAUGUUUAUUUUCCUUUUUUGAGGUACCUGUUGAUGGCAUGAAGGGUAACCUCAUUUGCCUGUGUAAAGUUGACUAUGUUUCUUUCCAUCCCUAGCUGUAUAGUUUUAGUUGCCACGUGCUGGACCUGCUAAAGCACAUGCCCAUAUGCAUGUGUGUUAUUCUGAACUGGAUAAAAAAACUAGAGUUUGACUAUAUUCCUGUUCCCCAGGCAAAAAGUGUAACAGAAAAUCUACAUUUUGUACUUAAAAUAUCCAAACCUUGUGCUGGAUUUUGAACUUCUUGCUAAUUAGUUGAUUUAAAGUGUCCAGAGGGUUCUACUAA